UGUAGGCUCUACAAAACUAAAACAAAACACUCUGCAGUCAGCAAUUUCACAUUCACAGUAGAGAAGAAGAGAGAAAAUCUGUCCUUUAAGAACACACUCUCUCUCUCUUUCACAGAGUAGCUUAGUAGAAGAUAGGAUCUAAUGGAGUACGAAAGAAUUCACAAAGUGCAGACUGGUAUAAUAUCUCCAAGUAAGCUGAGGAUGAAGCUUAUAGGGCCUAACCAUCAGAAGAAGAAGAAAGAAGGAUCAAAUAGUAAUUCCUCAAGAACUUCACCUGCUAGGCUUGAGGAUUCUGAGUUUGUUAACAACAGUUUGCUGGCUACUCAAAGUGGAGAUUUUGAGGAAGAAUAUUGCAAUUUAGAAGCUACAGAAAAUAGAUUGCCAGGACAUUCAUUCCAAAAUUCUAGGCAAGGUGAUGAGAAUUUGAAUUCAUGCCUGCCGAAAGAAAAUGAAGAUGCUACUCGUGUGAAAAGGCAGCAAUCUUCCAAGAUGGACGGCGGAAAUUCUAGUUCAGUUCAUCCAGUUAAAGGAUGUGAAGAUGAGAAUUUUGAUUAUGAUAGUACAUCCAGCUUUGAGUUUCAUAAAGGGGAGAGAUCAAUGCACCACCAUUCCAUAACAGCAAGGUCGUUUUCACGGCCCAUGUCUUCCAAGUGGAAUGACGCGGAGAAGUGGAUAAUGAAUAGGCAAAAUGUGCAAGCUAAUCAUUCCAAGAAGGUUCAAUUGCAGAAUCAAGCAUACCGGGGCCCUACCAUGAGCAUGGUUAGAGUUGCUCCAGAAUCGAGUAGUUAUGAAAGUAAAUUAGCGGUUAAGAAGGUAGAUUUUUGUCAACCCGCAUGUCAGUUAGUGCCCGAGAAGUUUGAUUUUGAUCAACCUGGUUCUCAAAGUCGAGGAAAUGGGUCAAAUGCCGUGUCACUUGAUCUUUGCCCUGAAAGUAAGGAUUUGACUGAGGUGGUCUGUGGGGACUCUUGUUUGACUGGAGAUAAAACAGUUGGCCCUGCAAUAAGAUCAGUCUCCAUGAGAGAUAUGGGAACGGAAAUGACACCUAUUCCAAGUCAAGAACCUUCAAGAACUGCUACACCUGUUGGUGCAACAACUCCACUCCGCAGCCCCACUUCUUCAAUCCCAUCUACACCUCGUAGAGAACCAGCUCCGACACCUACAGAGAAUUAUAUUGACAAUGCUUCUCAAACUUCAACACAAAACAAUAAAAGGGAAUUGUCGGAGGAAGAAUUAAAGAUGAAGACAAGAAAAGAGAUUGUAGCCCUUGGGGUCCAACUCGGUAAAAUGAAUAUAGCUGCUUGGGCGAGCAAAGAUGAGAAGGAUAAAAGCAAGGCUGAUGCUGCUGAGGCUGAACGAAUGGAAUAUGCUAAAAGGGCAGCUGCUUGGGAGGAAGCGGAAAAGUCAAAAGGCACUGCAAGAUAUAAGCGUGAAGAGAUUAAAAUCCAAGCUUGGGAAAGCCAGCACAAAGCAAAGCUAGAGGCAGAAUUGAGGAAAAUAGAGGCACAAGUUGAGCAAAUGAGAGCACAAGCUCAAGCAAAAAUGGUGAAGAAGAUUGCAAUGGCAAGACAAAAAUCAGAAGAGAAGCGUGCUGCAGCUGAAGCUAGAAGAAAUCAGCAAGCUGAGAAAACUGCAGAGCAAGUUCAAUACAUACGCCAGACAGGUCGACUUCCAUCUUCAUCCUUCACGUGUUGUGGUUGGUUAUGAUAAGAUUAAGCAGCAGCUUCAAUAUAGGUUGUAAUCAAUUUUUACAUGCACAUUAAACUUAUGAGUUAACUCCUCAUACUGUCUGGUUUUGUAAUAACAUAUAGUAUCAUACUGAACAUUGUCCAUCCUUGUAUCUAUUUUCUUGCAUCCUGAAAAUAUAAGUUUUUACAUGGAAUGAAGUUUGGUUUGGUCAUUGA